GAACGGUGUAUCGCUUGCAAACUUUGCGAAGCUAUAUGUCCAGCUCAAGCAAUCACUAUUGAGGCUGAGCCAAGAGCUGAUGGGAGUAGAAGGACAACUAGAUAUGAUAUUGAUAUGACCAAGUGCAUCUACUGCGGAUUUUGCCAGGAAGCGUGUCCAGUAGACGCCAUCGUAGAGGGACCGAACUUCGAAUAUUCUACUGAAACACAUGAAGAAUUACUGUAUAAUAAAGAAAAAUUGCUGCAAAAUGGUGAUAGAUGGGAAGUCGAAAUCUCAGAAAACCUAAAAGCAGAUUAUGUGUAUCGAUGAAGUAUCAUUUCGUUCAUUUGGUUUGUAAAUGAUUUAAUUCACAGGAUCUAUGCACUACUAAUUUCAUAUUUAAACAACCAAUAUCAACUUUUCUCAUAUGUUAGAUUGUUAACGAAUUCAAGACAGCUGGUUAUUCCUAGGUACAUUGAUUUAGA